AUGGGUACAUCUUUGGACCCAAAAACCGGUUUUCUGGUAUUGAACAACGUCUCCAUCGCUGCCAGAGGCGAUAAAAUUCGCAGCAUGCAACCAACACGGAAGGCCAUCCAUAAUACCGAUGAAGUCCAUGUAUCCCUGUGUCAGCCGUGUCAGCCGUGUCAGCCGUGUCUUGUCGAUGUGACUUCCCCUUCCAUGGGCUCUCAUAUCGAAGAUGAGCCUGGCCGCCGAGGACCAAAGGCAAAUAAUAAAAUGGAAACCAAUCAGUAG